AUGGGGCACCUGGCAGGGUUUUUGUCGGUGGAGGACGACCAGGCAUUCGCCCUGGGCCCUGGCAGCGCAGUCACGGUGGGGCAGAGGCUGCACAUGAGACGCCAGGCCAGGAAGUCCACCGCCGCUCUCAUCGAUCAAAAUGGGGCCGUCGUCUCGACCGCCGCUAUCGCCUCCACGCCGCGCUCCAAGCAGCCCCCUACCCCGCUGGGUGCUGUGGUUGAACUGUUGAAGAAGGGGCGUAUCGAGUGCAGUGCGCUGGUCACAGCGGUGGCGGGCGGCAGAGUUCGUGUGCUGCUGGCCAUUGUGCUGCCAGAGAGCACCUGGGCCAGCCACAACCGCUGGCAGGCCGGUGACAAGGCCGCCCUGCUGUUUGCUCACCUGGUUCCGGCUGUGCUGCCACGGGAGGGAGUGGACGAGGCUGCAGGAGCAGCUGGGAGCAGCCCGGCACAGCAGCAGCAUGGACAGCAGCAGCCCCUCACCUAUGUGGAGCAGCUCCGUCGAGAGUUGGAAACUGAAGGGGUGCAGCAGGCUGGCACCGAUGCAGAGGUUUUCAGCUUGACGGGCUGCUUCCGCGCCCUGCCCAUGAAGUUUGGGCAGGCACAGCUGGCCGAGCUGUGCCCCGCAGACUCUGCCCAGCCCUGCCCCCUGGAUCAGCUGGAUGAGAGCGUGACCCGCAGCGUGCUGUCGCGGCUGGACCGCCGCUCGCUGGCGGCCAUGGGCGCCACAUGCCGCCACAUGCGCGACCUCUGCCUGGACGUGGCGCCCGGCCUGAAGCUGAAGCUGUACCCUCACCAGCGUGAGGCGGUGCUGUGGAUGCAGCAGCGCGAGAAGGCUGGGGGCCCGAUGCGCCACCCCACCAUCCGCGCUUUCCAGUGCCUGGAGCUGGGCCCUGGCGACGACCCCUUUGCUGCCGCAGCCGGCUCCCUUGCCGACUGCAUUGCCAGCAGCAGCAGCAGCGGCGGCGGCUGCAGUGGCAGUGGAGCGCCUCCCUUUGAGCUGGGCCUGCCGUUCUGGGCUGACACAGCCACGGGUCAGCUGUGGACGGAGAAGCCGCCGCAGCAGCUGGUGGACAGCCGGGGCGGAUUGUUCGCCGAUGAGCCUGGAUUGGGAAAAACGAUCACCAUGCUGGCGUUGAUCCUUCGCAGUUUGCGCAGGCUGCCUGCCCCGCCACCUGGCGCCGUCACCUGGGUGCGGCCUGGGUGCGGCUUCUACAGUCUGCUGCCAGAGGCGGAGGCUGCCGCUCCGCAAACGGAGCGCAGGCGGAGCAGCCGGGGGUGCUUGAAGCGCACGCGGAGCGGAGCCAGCACGGCAAGCCGUGGCAGCGAACUGGAGGCCAGCGAGCAGCUGCAGUUUCCUCCCGAGGAUCCAGAAGAACUGGCGAAGCGCAUCAGGCGCCAGCGCCGCAACCCCUCGCAGCAGCAAUCAGAGCAGCAGCAGCUGCAGGAGCAACAGCAGCCGCCGCAGCCGCGGCCGCUACCUCCGCCGCAGCUGCCGCCGCAGCAGCCAGCAGGGACUGCAGUUUCUGUUGCCCUUGUCGGCGACGCCAGUGCCGGGCUGAGCAAAGAUGGCAGCAUGGAAGACACCUGGGUGCAGUGUGACGCGUGCCAGAAGUGGCGCCAGCUGCCCCCUGGUUCCCAGGCCCCUUGUGGUGACUGGGUGUGUGCCAUGAACCCAGAUGAGCGCCUGCAGUGGCAGGGCUGCCAGGCUCCCGAGGAUUCAUGGGAUGGCGGCGCCUCCCGCGUGGGUGGCAGCUGGGAGCCCACGGGGCGCCCAGCACAACGUGACUUACUUCCGCCGCUGCUGGCUCAGCACCCAAACCAGAUGGACAGCAUCUCGCCAUUGACCUGGCUCAGCCGCCAGCCGCUGGCCAAGCUGAUGGAGGCGCCAUUCACAUUGCCACGGGGCAGUCUUGCACCGUUCUAUCGUGGGGAUUUUACAAACACUGGCCUGCUGUUCCGGCAACUGGAGCUGGAGCCUGUCAUCAAGCAGCGGCAACAGCAGCCGAACAGUGACACAACACACCAGCAGCAGCAGCAGCAGAGUAGGGCGAUGGACAGCGGCAGCGGCAGAGGGUUUGGCAAACGCAGCAGGCGCAGUGGUCGCAGCUGCUCCGGCAGUGAAGAGACAAGCGACUAUGACUGGUCUGAUUUCGAGCUGGGAGCAGACGAGGAGGAGGAGGAGGAGGAGGAGGACAAGGUCCCAGCAGCAGCAGCAGGCAACAUUGUCACGCAGCAACGGCGACGGAAGAAAUUCGAUGUAAACCGGGCCACGACAUGGCAGCGGCCAGCCUCCCAUGCAGCCCUGGAGCUUGACCUGGAGGCUUUGCUUCAAGCGCUGUGUGAUGAUGCGGAGAUCAUCGAGCACUGGCAGCACCAGAAGCGCCUGCACGUGCGCCAGGAGGCCGGCCUGCGUGUGCUGGUCUACACCGGGGAUGCUGUGAAGGAGGCCAGCCGCCUGGGCCAAGCCCUGACGCUCGAGCAGCUGGCCUGGGAGACAGACGUGAUUCUGACCACGUUCCAGACGCUCUCGAAUGAGUGGAGCUACGGAGCCUCCAGCCGGCUCCUGCAGGUGCACUUCCAGAGGGUCAUCCUUGAUGAAGGGCACAGCAUCGGCGGCAGCGACACCACCAACAAGCACCGCAUGGCGACCAAGCUGCUGGCCGAGCGGCGGUGGGUCAUGACGGGCACUCCCACGCCCAACACGCCCGAUGCCAGCGUGGAGAACUUGCGCCCCCUGCUGGCCUUCCUGCACCAGCAGCCGUACCAGGAGGAGCGGUUCUGGAAGAAGGCAGAGCCGUUCCAGGCGCGGCAAGAGGUUGGCCGCCUGCGCCUGCUGGCGCUGCUGCAGCGGUGCAUGAUCCGGGCCUCCAAAGACGAGCUGCUCAGCCUGGGCAUCCCGCCGCUGAAGUGCAAGACGUCCCUGCUGGACUUUGCGCCAGCCCACGCCACAUCGUAUAACGGCUUUGUGGACAUUGUCCGCUUCAACCUGGUCACUGCCGACUGGUUUGACCCAGGCAACACACAGAGCCUGCUCAACUGCAUCAACUCCAAGUGGGCCAUCCCGACUCUCAUGAACCUCCACAAAUCCUGCAACGUCGCAGGCAACUGUCAGCUGCAGGUUUUGGAGCAGGACGUUGUGGAGACGAUGCAGCUGCUGACGCGCCGCCACAUCAAUAUGCAGCAGCUGGCACCAGAUCCUGCGGCGGCGGGCCCCUCGCGCCAGCAGCCGCUUGUGCAGCUCUGCCAUGCCGCGGAGGAGGAGGAGGGGAAACCUCCCCCGCUGCAGCAGCUGUUAGAUGAAGCAGGCCCCGAGUGGAGCAGGCGUGCCAGGCACAUCCGUGCCUGCCUGGAAGAGGGAGGCGCCUGCGACCUCUGCUCCAGCGUGGUCCGGGGCAAGAACGACCCUGCGCGGCUGAAGGACAACUCGUGCCCCAAGUGGAGCGUCCCUCAGGAGCUGAUUGAGUGGCAGCCGGCUUAUGCGCAGAGAGGCGCCAAGGGCAUCAGCGAGGGCUUCUGGCAGGCGGACUGGAAGCACACGCAGAGCACCAAGUGCGUGCACCUGCUGCGCCGCCUGCUGGAGGUUGGGGCCGCCGUGCUGCCCAGCAGCGGCAGGCAGCCGUCCUCCAAGGCCAUUGUGUACACGCAGUUCUGGGAGCACAUGUCUGUCGUUGAGCGAUACCUGCGGUCCCACGGCGUGGCGGUGGCAGUGCUGAAGAGAUCCGACACCGCCCUGCAGAAGCGCGUGGCUUUGAGCAGGUUCCGUGCUCGGGGCCCAGGCAGCGCGGGCGUUCUGCUGAUGGACAAAACGGGCCAGGUUGGGCUGGAUCUCAGCUUUGUGAGCAACGUCUUCCUCAUUGAACCCAUCAUGGACCUGGCGGUGGAGGAGCAGGCAAGCUGUUACAACGCAAAACAACUGCGUGUGAUCAGUCGAGCGCACCGUAUGGGCGCCCGCCAGGCGGUGCAUGUGGAGACGCUGGCGAUGCGGGGCACUCUGGAGGAGGACAUUGUGCGGCAGCGGCAGCCGCCGCCGCAGCAGGGUCCGGCAGCCUCCCCGGCAGGAGCGCCAGCAGCACCAGCUGUGGGCGAGGCGGGGGCUGGCGAGGCGGGGCCUUGGACGGCGGCGGCAGAGGUCGAGGGCAAGAGCAAGGGCAAGGGGGCCCUGAAGAAGCGGAAUGUUCUGUUCCUCGCGCUGCGCCCGGUGCCUGUGGGUGACCUGCCAGAGUAUGAAGAUCUGCCCGGGGCAGCUCGAGGGAAGGAAAACCAGCAGCAGCAUCUGGCAGGGCAGCAGCAGCAGCAGGCGGACCCGCAGCAGCAGGUGCUGCAGCAACAGGGUGCUGGCUUCCCCGAGCUGCGCAGCCCUGCUGGCAGCAGUGAGGAGGAAGAGGAGGAAGAGGAAGAGCUUCUUGAUGUCCAGAGCCCCUCGGCAGCGACAGCGGGUCUGAGUGCUAUGCACACAGAAGCACCCGAGCCAGCCGCCCCAUCCAGCGCAGCCGCCGCUGCCAGCCCUGCGGCAUGGAGCAGCCGGCCGCCGACGUGGCCAGAGGUGGCGUCAGGCGGGGUGCGGCAAGCAGCCUGCAGGGCAGCUGGCAAUGGCGCAGGCACCUCGGGGGCAGCGGCAGCGCACCAGGCAGCAGCGCCAGGACCCGACACUGUGGUGGACGCGCUGGUUUUGUUGGGCGCUGGGUGGCAACGCUCUGUGCGCUUUGCAUGCGACGUUGUUCGGCAGGAGGAGAGAGGCGACGGGCAAGUGACGGGUGCGGCUGAUGUGAAGGACGAGCCUUUGGAGCAGGUGCCAGCAGGGGCCGCACCAGGCGCAGCAGAAGCGGCGGCGCUCGCUGGCCUCAAAGGCGACCCUGGAGCACCAACAGCACCAGCAGCAGUGGCGGCCGUGCCCACUGACACAGGCCGUGGCUGCCCGGUCCGCAGGGAGCGCCCUGGCAAGCGCUGCUGCACCAUGCGCUUGGCUCCCUCCCCCUCCUCUGUCACGAGGGCGGCGGCGGCAGCGGCGGCAGCGGCAGCGGCGGCAGCGGCAGCGGGCGCAGCUGCGCCCCAGCCUGCCGCCGCAUCGGCAGCGGGAAAGGCUGGUUCGGCUGAAGCCUCAGUGGCUGCGGCGCCCCAGCGCCAGCGCAACCGCUACCUACUGCGGGCGCUUGGCAAGGAGCUGCCGGCAGCUGGGGCCGGCCAGCAGCAGCAGCAGCCCCUACAGCAGCAGCAGCAGCAGGCUUCUCAGCCGGUGCGGGCUGCCCCCGCUUCACAAGGCCCUGCAGGAGCAGCGGCGACCGCGGCGCGGGUGCCAGCAGUGCCGCCGGUGGCCGCCGUGGGAUUGGCUGUUCCAGCAGCGGCGGCGGUGGCAGCGGUUGCUUUGCCUGCCCCAGUAGCAGCAGCAGCAGAGGCAGCGCCAACCACCGCCCCGGCAGCAGCGGAUGUGUGUGAGGUGCUGCUGGACUGCUGCCAGCUGGCAGAGGCGCAGGCUGUGGGGCUCACCGAAGGCCUUGCCGGCGCGUUCCUGGCAGUGUAUGCCGGCAUGGCGGAUGCGGAGCGGCAGCAGCACGCGGCCCUGCUGCGCGGCCAGCUGGCCCGUCGCAUGCACGUCGGCGCGGCACGCUACAUCCAGACCUGCCUCAAGCAGCAUGACCUGCUGCCCUCGCCGGGGCCGCCGCCAGCGCCGGCGGGUGGUGCACGUGCGCCAGGCAGCUCCGGCGAUGGCAGCAGCAUCGACUGA